AUGUUAUUCAUCCCAUCUCAUCUCAUUCCUGGUGAGAAGUCUCUCUCUCUCUCUCUCUCCUUUCAACCUUGCACUCUGCAGCGGCGUUAUAUUUUCUGCCUGUCUUCUUUCUUUCUUUCUUUCUUUCUUUCUAUCUUUCUUUCUUCUUUCUUUCAUUCUUUCUUUCUUCUUUCUUUCUUUCUUUCUUUCUUUCUUAAUAUCUGUCUAUCUGUUUAUCUAUUAUUUCUUUUUUGGUUUCUUUUUUCUUUCUUUCUUUCUUUCUUUAUGUUAUCAUUCCUUUCUCUAUCUAUCUAUCUAUCUAUCUAUCUAUCUAUCUAUCUAUCUAUCUAUCUAUCUAUAUCAGUCUUUUUCAUGUACUCUAUAUCUAUUAUUACUUCUAUCUUUCUUUAUGUUACCAUUUCUUUCUCUAUAUAUUUAUCUCAUUCUAUCUAUCUAUCUAUCUAUCUAUCUAUCUAUCUCUCUCUCUCUCUCUCUAUAUAUAUAUAUAUAUAUAUCAGUCUAUUUCAUGUACUAUAUAUCUAUUAUUCCUUCUAUCUUUCAUUAUGUUACCAUUUCUUUAUCUAUCUAUCUAUCUAUCUAUCUCAUUCUGUUCACGUCUAUUUAUCAAUUCUUUAUUUAUUUAUUACGUUAUAUUUAUUUUCAAAGGUAUUUUUUAAUCGUUUUUCGAUCAAUGUACGAAAAUAG